AUGUUCAAUGCUGCUGAAUCUGAUCAACAGGAGAGCACAAGCUUCUCUCGAAGCCAUUGGCGGGCUUCAGUCAUUCAAUCAUGGCUAUUCUUCCGUCUAGCAUCUGAAGCGCUAGGUCGAAACAUCAGACAUGAGGAAUUCGCAGGCGCUCAGCUUGACGGGUCCCAUUCUUCUAUUGAUCUUCGCAUACCGCAAUGGUACUGGCGAGAGCUCAAAGCUCGAUGGGAUGAACUAGACAACAGCCUCACUGCUGCGGAACUCGAGGCCAAGAGAACUGAACUUAAAAAGGUUUAUCAGAGCGCGCAGAUUGUCCUCAUCUAUAUGGAUAAUCUGGCGAAUCUCGACGACGAUAAGCUUACAGAAAUUCUCCUCUCAGUACACAUGUUGUCAUAUCUUGUGGCAUAUGUGCUCGAUUCCAAUACGCUCAAGGUCGCCAAGACAUCCACAAUCUCGGCAUCAACAAAGCUUCUUAAGCGCAGAAUGAUCAAGAAUGGGUGGUGCGAAAAGAGGCUGAACUUCUUGGAUGCUUCACCCAUGUCCUACCCCGAAUUUUACUUCAUAUCGUCACUCAAGCCACCUCGAAUCAAUGCUGAAGAUCACUCGGGCUGCAGUAGUGACAAAUGUCUCGUUACUAAUAAGUUGUCUAUGCCUCUCCACCGCACUGACGGGUGUCUCUGUGAAGAUAUCGUCGUCCCAGUUGAAAGGGUGAAACCCAUCGUGGCUUCCGGAGGGAUCCCUUUAGUCAGGAUCACACAGUCACCGCUUGGCAAGAUUGAGCUGGAGGUGGUUCCAUAUACUCCAUCCUGUAGGUUCAUCGCAAUAUCUCACGUCUGGGGUGAUCAACAAUUCGGAUCUUCUCAGAACUGCUUACCCAAAUGUCAAGUCGAAUACCUUGAACAAGUGCUUUCGAGUUUGCCCACCUCCAUUGAAGACUGGGGAUUGCGCGAAUGGAUCGCGAAUUGGUGGUCUUUUCGGCCCGGUGAAAUCGAACCUCCAAGUCGCGCAUACGAAUACUUUUGGCUGGACAGCUUCUGCAUACCCCAAGCUAUCGAUGACGCUGACCUUCGAGGCGGGGCCAUCGAGUCAAUGAACCUCAUUUAUGCUGCGGCAUCACACACCUUCGUCUUUGAUAAGGGGCUACAAGCCUUGGAUGCUGGUCGACGCCCAGCUUCUAUUGCGGCAUAUGGACGCCCGACCUACUACAGCCCUCAAGACGAAGGUUUGCUGGAUGUUGUAGCAUAUAUAUAUGCUUCGAAUUGGAUGGGCAGAGCGUGGACUUUGCAGGAAGGCAUCUUGUCAGGACGUAUUGUUUUCCCACUCCACGGAUCGUUGGCAUACCUCAAGUUGUUGAGGCCGUCUUACGAUGGUAGCCCUGGUAACAAACCUACCACUGAGAUCAGUAAGCAUUUACAAGAUGAAUCUGAGCCCUUCCGUGAGCCGAAUUCUUUGAAUGUCAAAGAGUACCAAGAUUACGCGCGAACGCCGCCCGAAGAUAUUCCCCUGAUUCUGAUGAAUAUGUCGUGCAUGAAUGCCAAUGCCAUAUCUCAAAGUAAAACCACCGAUGUAAGGAUGAAGCGACUUUUCUAUGGCCUUGAGUCACUUCCGACCGAGCUUCUCUUUUCUGAUUGCGCGAGACUGGGCGCGUGCACCGUGGAUUCCUGGAUACCACGUGAGAUAGCUACCGAGAAAUUUGGGGGCAAGCACACUCUCAAGCUUGGCUCAGCAGGCUUUACAUUCGAGACUAGAAAGGGCGCUCAGGCUCUCAAGUUCUAUUUGCUGUCAUCAGCGCAUCGAUCGGACCAUUUCCGGCUCCUCAUGCCGAAUGAGAAGGAUGUAAAAGGCCUCAAAUACAGUGUUGAAGCAUUGCAGAGAUCCGAUGUCGAUGUCGAGCACCCUGCAGAUGUACUGUGCAUUGUCGUCGAUAACGGACCGCCAGAACGAGGAGCGCGAUUUAUCGUUAAUCGAGUUGUGGGCAACAAUUAUUUCCUCCACUUCGACUGCCCUCUGCGCCUGACCGAGAUCAGUGACUCAAAAAGUUACAGCAAUGCUCAACAGGAUCCAAAGCACGAAUCUGGUGCAGUCAGUCUUAAUGGCAAAUUCAUCAUUGAGCGCAGUUACGAGCCACAAGACUUGAGCAUUUCACGUCCCCAAAAUCCACAACAAUAUUCGGAUAGGCUGAUAGUCAUUGGCCAGGCCAUUUGCGUUACAAUCUAUCUGGGAGAGCGCUUCAUAAUCAGAGCGAUGUGGAACGACGACAACUCUGUGGGCACACUAUUCCGCAUCCUUUACACUUGGUACAGUUUCAAGAAAUUUCAAUGGGUGGAGAGGGCUUUGACUGCAUUUGUUCACCGAGCAUGGAUGGCAACAUACCAGCCAGAUUGGGACCCUAAUGGACCAUGGAAGUGGUUUUGGAAACUGUCGAACUGGGAACCACCGAUCCCUUUCAGAACUUUAACGAAGUGGGCUUCCAAACCGAACGCUGGUCAGACGUGGGGAGUGUGA